ACAUCGCAAACAUUUGUCGUGAAUCGCGGCAUGUUGACUAAUUUCUGAAAAAAAGUUUCUCAAACCCAUUUCCGUCUCGAAGUAAGCUUCCAAAUCAACCCGGUGAACCACCUCUCGGAUCUCUCAAACUACAGCUCCGGCAGCAAUGGUAUUCUACUUCACCAGCAAUGUUGUGGAACCACCGGUGACCCUCUUCAUGGGUCUCGAUAAGUAUGAAAAUGAAGAGUUAAUAAAGUGGGGUUGGCCGGAGGAUGUCUGGUUCCAUGUGGAUAAGGUUUCAUCGGCCCACGUGUAUCUUCGACUGCAACAGGGGCAAACGUUGGACGACAUUCCAUCGACUGUCUUAGAAGAUGCCUGUCAGCUCGUAAAAGCAAACAGCAUCCAGGGCAAUAAGAUGAACAAUAUUGACAUCGUUUACACUAUGUGGGAUAAUCUGAAGAAAACGCCGGCCAUGGAAGUGGGUCAGGUUUCGUUCCACCGGGACAAGGACGUACGGAAGAUGCGAGUUGAGAAACGUUGCAACGAGAUUGUCAACCGCCUCAAUAAAACCAAGCGAGAGGAACAUCCGGAUUUCCGGACCGAGCGAGAGCAACGAGACGCCGAAGAGCGGGCCGAUAAAAAGCGCUCGGCUCGGGAGGUUCGGGACAAGGAAAAGGAAGACGAACGCAAACGGAAAGAGGAAGCGGAACUGCGCAGCUACAACUCGCUGAUGAAGUCCGAAAACAUGACUAGCAACUACGACGCAGGGAACGAUUCGGAUGAAUUUAUGUAACCUGGAUUGGAAUCAUCCUAAUAAAUUAUUUUAUGUUA